AUGCGUAAGACAUUCACGGCCGAAGAUGGCUCUGCACUACUCAACUCAUUCUACGCCUACGUCUACGACUACGCCUAUGCCAACACAACACAACACCACCCGCCGCCGGCGUAUCAGUUUUUCACAGGCGGCGCCACCACCGCUUCCAAUUGGUCGGCGGCGUGGAUGACAAUCUCCGGUGGUGCUGCAAUGAAUCGUCGGAACAACAGCACAUUAGGUUCGGAUAAUAAUAAGAACGAGGAAAACAAAAAGGACGACAGUAAUGGCGCCGGCAAGGACGCCAUAGUCAGUUAUUGGGGAGUUCAGUCCUCUAAGUUCGUCAAAGACGACGGUUCCGAAUGGAAGUGGUCCUGCUUCAGGCCAUGGGAGACUUACAGGGCGGAUCUCUCAAUAGAUCUGAAAAAGCACCACUCGCCGGAGACGUUCCUCGACAAACUCGCCUUCUGGACGGUGAAGGCCAUGCGAUUACCGACCGACCUCUUCUUCCGCCGCCGCUACGGCUGCCGCGCAGUCAUGCUCGAAACGGUCGCCGCCGUGCCAGGCAUGGUCGGCGGAAUGCUGCUCCACUGCAAAUCGCUCCGCCGCUUCGAGCGCAGCGGCGGAUGGAUCAAAUCUCUGCUGGAAGAGGCGGAGAACGAGCGGAUGCACCUCAUGACCUUCAUGGAAGUCUCUCAGCCGCAAUGGUACGAGCGCGCGCUCGUAAUCGCCGUCCAGGGGAUCUUCUUCAACGCCUAUUUCAUGGCGUACCUGAUGUCGCCCAAACUUGCGCACAGAAUCGUCGGCUAUUUGGAGGAGGAGGCGAUUUAUUCGUACACGUCGUUUCUGGAGGAAUUGGACAAGGGGAACAUCGAGAACGUUCCGGCGCCGGCGAUUGCCGUCGAUUACUGGCGGCUGCCGCCGGGCGCGACGCUCCGGGACGUAGUGACGGCGGUUAGGGCUGACGAGGCGCACCACCGCGACGUCAAUCAUUUGGCGUCGGACAUUCAUGGCCAGGGACGGAACCUCAAGGACUACCCCGCGCCGAUUGGGUAUCACUGA